GGCAUAUAAGCCGAUUAUCUAGGUCGCAAGGCUAACCCCCCUCCCCAGACCGUAUAAGCCCUGAAACAUGGACAUCAUCACACAUCGAACCAACACCGAUAAUCAUGUAGCUCUGCAUAUGCAGCCCAACAACGAAGAAGCUCCGAUGGGGUCCCUCGACGAGACUCGACUACCUCCGCCCGUCACCUCGAGACGCGAACAUAGUUCGCCGGCCGCGACGUGGUACAGAACUAUCGUCCUUGCAUCCACUAUCUGCUUCGGAACUUGGAAGAUGGUGGCAACCGUUCAGAAUGCGACUGCCGUAUCGACCGCCUUGGACUACUUGACCGGCGUAGUCCUAGCAGCUUUCUUGUACGUGCUAGGAGAGUGUAAAGAUAUCUCGACUCUCCGCUGGCUAUUUCACCGCAACGUCAUCUCAGACGUACGAUGCCUUCCAGUGCACGGGGUCAGAGCGGUCGCGGUAGCUGCGCGAAGGGCUUCUAGUCUUAGUUUUGGGUCUUGUGUAGCCCGAAUCUUCAUAUUGUACCCGCAGCGCGAAGGGCGUGAAACGGCGCUCGAUGGAGCUGGCACAUCGGGCGGUUCAACAACACUUACUCUGGUGCGUGAUGAUGCCAGAGACAAAAUCAUGCCACUCACGUCGCAGUCAAGGAUCCAUUCCCAGAGCUACCAGCUGAAGUCAUAGGUAUUAUACUUCGUACCGCCAUCGCGGCAUAUGUCGAGGAGUACGUAGAGCAAUCCCUGGCUGCGCCCCUUUACUCCAAAGAUAGUUGGGAUGAAGUUUCGUUCAAACAGCAGAAUCCAAUAGUGCCUCUCCUAGAAGUCAACUACUGGGUUAGAGAGGCGACAUUGGCAUUCACCGCGAGAACACUAUCAAUUCCCGCUGUUCACGAUUCCCGCCUCGGCAGCUUAUCCAUACGUCCGUGGGCCAGGAUAGAACAGAUUCGCUCGCUGAGCAGCACUGCCGUCGAAUCAGGCUCAUGGCUGGUUGCGCUAAAAGAGCUCGCAUCAUCCCCUCUUGCCCACACUUACGCUGCCUUGCACAUAGCGCAGCGCAAGGUCAGCUUGGCGACCUGCCUUUACGCGGAGAUUGUAGAGCUAGAAGACGACACGGAAUGUUCUCUCCUAAUUCCCUCGGAAGCGGACCAGGAAGUGGCCACGGAAUGUCUGACGCUGCGUUUUUGUCAAGCGUUGCAUUCUUGUCAGGACUACAUAGACGAGGCGAGCUCUCUCAUCAGCAUCGCCAAGCAAGCCUGGCUGCAAUUUCCUAGCAUGAAGCUACUUCCAGCGCUCUGCGAAGACAUCACUUUAGAGAGCACUUCAAUGAGAAAUCGUACGGCGUCUCUUUCAAUUCACACUUCCAGCUCGCGGAAAGCUGCCGUACUGGACCAUCUUAUAUCGCACAUGUGGGAUAGAAGGGAGAAUGGAGACAUGCUGCUUCGAUCCUUAACAGCGUUACGGGCUCUCAUGCCAGAGAUGGGAAAAUCUCCUCCCAGCCUAGAUACCACUACUUUCAUAUCCCCGUGGCAUAAUCUGGACGACAAAUCCCGCGGUAAGCUUCGUCAAUCCUUGUCGAGUUUCAUGGAAUACAAGCUGCCCGACAUCUAUAAUUCGUCCAUGCUCGAGCUGCACUCGGCAGCAAGAACUGCAGCAAGCGAUUUACUUGAUUUACUUCCUUCGUACACCAGGAGAGAGCCGGAGAGUGUAGCGGAGACAUAUUGACCAAGCUUUUUGGUCAGUAGCAGCGAACUUAGUCCCUUGUCCAAGGAUGCCUGACCAAGUUUUCGGCGUGUCUUAUUUUUUCGUGUUGAACUGGGGAUAGCAUGGGGUGCAUCAUACCGGUCUUUCUCUUGGGCUCUAUUUUCUGAGUAGGAUACAAUGGAUGAUUAUAAUAUAUGCUUGUAGUACUAGCAGUAUUUAUUAACAACAUGCUUGCUCCGUGACGGUCAG